AUGGGCUGCAGUACUGGCCGCUGCGCGCUCUUCUUCCUCUGCGCUCUCCAGCUGGUCACAGUGCUGGAGAGGCAGGUGUUUGACUUCCUUGGCUACCAGUGGGCACCCAUCCUGGCCAACUUCAUCCACAUCAUCCUCGUCAUCCUGGGACUCUUCGGUGCUGUCCAGUACUGGCCACGCUAUGUCAUCGUGUAUGCUGUGUGGGGGGCAGUCUGGAUCUCCUGGAACAUCUUUAUCAUCUGCUUCUACCUGGAAGUAGGGGGCCUCUCGGAGGACAGCGAGCUCCUCACCUUCAGCCUCUCCCAGCAUCACUCAUGGUGGCAUGAGCAUGGGCCGGGCUGUCUGCACAAGGAGACGCCAGCCACCAGCCUUGAGACCUUGGACGGCCAGGCCCUGGUGUCUGGCAUUGACUGUGCCCUGCAGCACCGCUAUGUGGAGGCCCUGCACAGCACCCUGCAGGUCCUGGUGGCGGUCUUGGGGUUUGUCUACGCCUGCUACGUGGUCAGUGUGCUCCCAGAGGAUGAGGACAGCUUUGAUUUCAUUGGUGGAUUUGAUCCAUUUCUUCUCUACCAUGUCAAUGAAAACCCUUCCCACUUCUUGUUCAAGCAGGUGUACUUGUAA